CGGGGAUCACAUGAUAAGGGCGGAAACUGACUCAUAGUCCACGCUGAAUCUCCCGCGAACGCAGCCAUUUACUCUUUCCUCUCUUCGAAGUGACACCGAAAAGUCGCAACCACGGCGGACUCAAUGGCACAGUGUGUUCCGGUGGCGGUGUUUAAGUUGGUGUUAGUAGGGGAUGGAGGCACCGGGAAAACGACUUUUGUGAAGAGGCAUAUCACAGGAGAGUUUGAGAAGAAAUAUGUUGCUACUCUUGGAGUAGAGGUGCACCCACUGAUUUUCCACACCAACAGAGGAGCGAUCAAGUAUAAUGUGUGGGACACAGCUGGUCAGGAGAAGUUUGGAGGCUUGAGAGAUGGCUACUACAUUCAAGCUCAGUGUGCUAUCAUCAUGUUCGACGUUACCUCUCGAGUCACCUAUAAGAACGUGCCCAACUGGCAUCGUGACCUGGUCCGUGUUUGUGAGAACAUUCCCAUUGUCCUUUGCGGCAACAAGGUGGACAUCAAAGACAGGAAAGUCAAAGCCAAGAGCAUUGUGUUUCACCGCAAGAAGAACUUGCAGUACUACGACAUUUCUGCCAAGAGUAACUACAACUUUGAGAAGCCUUUCCUGUGGUUAGCAAGGAAGUUGAUCGGUGAUCCCAACCUGGAGUUUGUGGCAAUGCCUGCCCUUGCUCCCCCUGAAGUCCAGAUGGACCCAUCCCUUGCUGCUAAGUAUGAGGAAGAGCUUCAAGUUGCAUCACAAACAGCACUCCCAGAUGAAGAAGAUGACCUCUAACCUGUUACCUAGAUUUGUCUCUCCCUCCUCCCCCACCCAUGGACAGGAAGUUGUUGGAGUUUUGCCCCCCUUUACUGUAAAAUCCCUUUUCAGAUUUUUUUUAUUUUUGAAUUUUUUUUGUUUUAAAACUUAAGUAAAAAAGAAAACUUGGUGGAAAAGUGGUUCUAAUUUCGCUGUAUAAGACACACCCACCCUAGUGUUGUUGUUGGCAUGGCAACGUGCUACUCUUCAUCAUUGAGCACCCUCCACUGCACUUACCCAGCUCACAUAAUGCUGUUGUACGGUGUAUUGGAAGCACUAAGGGGAGUAAACUUUGAAUAAAAACAUUCUCAAUAUAA